AUGAUCCAGAACUAUUCUUUCGCCCCCCUCCUCAUCCCCCUCACAUUCCGCCCAAACACCGCCCACAACACCCCCGCCGUCACUAGAAACGCUAAAAUCCCCAUGGUAACUCCUAAUCCUGCUGCCGCUGCGCCACUAAGCCCCGCCGACGACUUCGCCGGCUUCACAGACCCAACAGAGGCCGAUGCCGUAUUGCCAACCGUACCUAGCCCUAGAAAUGUAGUACUUAUACUCUCAAAUGCAGCAGGACGGGAUAGUACACCGGUUGGAGGGGAUGCAGGAAUCACUGUGCCUCCCUCGGUAUCACUAUCACUCUUACUCUGGUAUACCCCUGCCGAAGAUGGUGCUUCUGGUGCAGAAGAAAUGGGCGAAUUCGUCCUUGGGGUUCCGGAAAUAGCAUCUGAGGAGGAGAGAGGGGGACGGGUGCUGGAUACGACUGGUGCUGGAGCCAUGGAGAUUACGAUGGGAGUGAUGCCCCCGGUUUUUGUGGAUGGGGAUGCCAUGGUUGCUGUGUAG